AAACAUGUCAAUUAAAACAAAUGUACGUCAACAUGGAUUUAUUAAGUACUUCGUUUAUACUAGGUAAUAGAAAAGGAAGGUCUCUUUCUUUUCUGCAUCCCUUUCUAUAUAGCCCCUUAAAUCGAAGCGUGUUUAUGUGGUAGCCGUCUUACGCCCUUGGAAUUAGUAGGUAAUAGUAGUACUUAGUAAAUCCAUGCUUACGCCCUUACAAGAUUAGUAAUGAAUGAAAAGAAAAAAUCAGUCACUCAGUCGACAAGCGGCGUGUAUGAGUGAACUGAGUUUAUAAAAUGUUUGCCAUUGUUUUCAUCGUUUUGUGAAAUUAUCCAACCUUCUAGGUUGUUUGGAAAUUUGUUGAUUGUGACAGUCUAGUGGUUAUUGUAAAAGUUAUUAAUUACGAUGCAGACAGGCAGCGGUGCUAAAAAUCCGCCAUGGGCUCGGUCAAACGUGAAUACAAAUAUGACCGGCAUGAAUGCUCAAAUAAUGGAUCCCAAUUCAAUGAUGUCCCAACAAAGCAUGAUGCCCUUCCAGCAGUCUCAAGCAGUUUUUAACCCAAAUAUGAUGCAGGCACAGGGAGGUAUGGGGAUGCCCAUGGCCGGUCAAAUGCCGAUGAAUCAAAUGUCUCAAGGUCAAAUGUACCCGGGCAAUGUAGUAGCUUAUCCAACCCCACGUGCCAUGAACCCGGCUAUGUAUCAAAAUGCUCAAUCUAACCAGACGCAGGCCACGGGAGAACAACGCGUAUUUACUGGUACUGUAACUAAGACACACAAUGACUUCGGGUUUGUUGAUCAUGACGUGUUUUACCAAACUUCCGUGUGCGCUAAAGGCGUUAUCCCAAAGCUCAAUGAUAGAGUACUUGUUGAAGCUACUUAUAAUCCAAAUAUGCCUUUCAAAUGGAAUGCCACUCGCGUCCAAGUGUUGCCUCAGGGUGGCAACCAGAAACAGAACAUGGGAAAGUCCAAUUACAAUGCUGUGCCACCACCAGCUAACAAGAAAUCUAUAUUGCCUCGUCGUGAUAACCGCGAUGAUCGUCGGGACCCGCCAUCAAGACGUGAUGACAGAAAACGCUCCCGCACACGCAGUCGGUCUAGGGGUAGGAUGGAUAGCCGCAGCCGUAGAGACUCACCACCUAGGAAGCGGCCUGUGAUCCAUCAACCUUCACCCAUCAAAUAUGUAGUCAGGGUGCCCAGAAUGCCUUUGGAUAUAUCAAAGAUGGAUGUCCCAACCUUAGCUCAAAGGUAUACUAAUCUGUACAUUCCAUCUGAUUUCUUUAAUGCCCAUGUGAAGUGGGGGGAGACUUUCCCACCCCACUCCCCAUUUGCCCUGAACAACCCCUGCGGGUAUCACAUCAUGAGUAAGGAGACUGACAACCCUUCACCCAAUGAUGCUGUCUUGGAACCACCAGAUGCAGAUUAUAAAUUUUCUGCAAAGGUGAUGUUAAUCAGUAUGCCAACAUUGGAAUUCUUGUACCAAAAGUGUGGUCUAACAAAAGUUGAUGAAAAAGACAAACGUUCAAGUAAAUCCCCCAUGCACCCAACUCGUUUGAUCAAGUUCCUAGUGGGUCAAAAGAGCAAAGGUGCAGAGAAUUUCGCUAUUGGUGGACCCUGGAGUCCCUCAUUGGAUGGUGAAAAUCCCCAGUCAGAUCCUAGAGUUUUAGUCAAAACAGCUAUACGCACUUGCAAAGCCCUAACUGGCAUUGAUUUAUCACAAUGUACACAGUGGUACCGAAUGGUGGAGUUUUACUACUGGCGCGAGGGCAGCGGCGGCAAGUCCCGCCUCGAGACUGUGGUGUUGUUCCUGCCAGACGUGUGGUCUGCUCAGCCGUCGCGUAUCGAGUGGACAACCAUUCAGGACCAAUAUAGAGCGGCUUGCGACGCCGCCGUCAACAGGAUCGAGGAGCCGCCGGAGCAGCUAUCUGCAGACCAGCAAUCUGCUGAGCCCAAGACGGAGGAGACAUCUGUGCAAAGCGAGGAGACAGAUUCAGCGGACAUAUCCCAAAUUGAUAAUGCUAGCGCAAAUUCGAGUACAAUAACCAUUGAAGAGGAUGAUGAUGAGGACAGGCCAGAACCUACACAUUACUCUAAGAUUGACCUGAAAACGAUUAAAGUGGAUCAGUUACGGCAAGAGCUUCGGGCGCGUAAAGUUAGCUGUAAAGGAUUGCGGGCGCAAUUGAUUUCUCGCUUAUCCAAACUAAUCAAGACUGAAGAAGAAAAAGAAACCAAGAGUGAAGAUGUAAUGGAACUAGAGGAUGACGAGAAUACUGAAGAAAAGUCUGACAAAGAUAAGAAAGAGAAAAGUGAAAAGGAACCGGAGACAGACAAGGAGAAGCCAAAGCCUGUGGAAGAAAAGAAAGAAGAAAAAGUGGAAAAAAAGAAAACUGAGAAAGAAAUUGAGGAAGAGAAAAAGAAGUUGGAGAAAGAUAAGCAGCAAAUCAAACAGCGUUAUGAACUGCCUGGCACGCCCCAUAUCAUGGUACACCCGUCCAACACUGCUAAGGGCGGCAAGUUUAACUGCAGUGUGGCCACGCUCUCGCUGUUGCUGGAUUACAGAGUCACCGACAACAAGGAACACAGCUUCGAGUUGUUUGUCUUCGCUGAGUUGUUCAAUGAAAUGCUGAUGCGUGACUUUGGAUUCUACAUCUACAAGACUCUGUACACAUUGCCUGAGAAGGUCGAGGAAGUUAAAGAGCCAGAGAAACCAGCAGACAAAACAGAGAAAAAAGAUGAGAAGAAAACUGAAGGUGAUAAGAAGGAUGAUGCAAAGAGUGAUAAAAAGGAUGAUCGCCGCGAUGACAGGCGCGACUCUCGAAGGAGAGAUAGACGGGAGUCUCACAGCGACGACGAGCGCAGCAGCUCCCCUCGCGGGCGCCGCAGCCGCGGCGUGGAGCUGCCGCCGGACCCCUACCUGCUGCUAUCUCUGGUGUACUUCGACACCUCCCGCGUGGGCUACAUCUCCAAGAAGGACCUCCAGAACCUCUUCAUGAGCCUCGGCCUGGCGCUCUCCAGGUCUCAGAUCCGGGCCAUUCUGGAGAAAGUCUGCAUCAAAGACAAUUUCAGUUACAAGUCACUGGUACAGGCUAUCAAAGAAUUAGCGUCGGGGCAGGCGGACCUGCAGGACCUGCCUCUCGAUGGCACUGUAUCUGUCAACAACGACGUGACGGACCAUAUCACAGAAUUGGAAGCGGCCAUAGCAGCGGGCAACCGCGACUUACUGCCAGUGUUCAACAGGCCGGAAGAAAAUGGUGAUUCGUCUGGUGAAACUAAGGACAUUAGCGAUGGAGCCGUGGUGAUGUACAAGAACCGCGUGAUCGACAUCGGCGCGCUGGUGGCGGCGGAGGCGCGCAGCUCGUCGCACCGGCUGCGGCUGGAGAGCGCGCUGGAGAGCGCGCGCGCGGCGCUGCGUGCGGCGCGCGCGGCCGCCGUCAGCACGCAGCAGGCCGAGCGCGGCGCGCAGUCGCAGCUCUCCGACCUCAGCGCUCAUCUCGCCGCCGCCCGCGCCAGGAUCACCUCCCUCACUGCCAGCUCAAAGAUAUUCCACUCUGCAUUAAAGAGUAUCCAGUCUAAGGUGGAAGCCGUAGUCAACAUCAAGUUCGAGGAAGAAGAUGUUGUUGAAGUUUCCAAUGGACCAGCACAAGGGGAAACAAAAGUAAAGAAUGAGGUCAAAAUGAAAGCCGAACCGAAAGAAGAAAAGUCUGAAGCGACUGAAGAAGCCAAACAAACUGACGAAAGCAAGGAGGGAGACAACGUUGUGUCAGACGCGAAAGAACCUGACAAUACAGCAUCAGAGAAUAUGGAUCUCGAUGAAUCUGCUACGUCUUAAGUACAUCAAUUGUUUAAGGACUGGUUUUAUAUAUUUUACUAUAGUUUUCUGCAAUUUAUCUCUAGGAAUCCGAGCCUUACGCAUUUUUUAUUACUUUGUGAGAUGUAAAGUAAUAUUAUUUCAUUUGAAAACAGUAUAAAUAUGGUGAAGUUUCAUUAUUAAAUCAUAUGUGUGUGUUUACCACACAUCGGAUAAAAUAGAUUUAUUUUUAUAUUCAUUGAUUAAUGAAAGGACAUUCUUACACAUUGAUGGAUAGUGUAGCAUUUUAUGUUAAAAUAAUCAGUUCGAACUACAACCAUUACUAGUUGUAACUGUCUAAAGGAGCACCCGAUGCGUAUACGCCUAUUUAGAGUGGCAUCUUUCUGAUGCACGACUAACAUAUUUACUUUAGCGUUUAUAAGUCUGUAAAUAGAAAAUUUGGAAACUAGAUUUAAGGAUUUUAGCAUUUAAAAAAAAUGCAAUAAAACUUGAUAUAUAUAA